AUGUGCUGCGAACACGCGUGCGACCGCGGAGGCCGCAUGCAGCCGGGCGACCUCUGCCUCGCUAUCGCGUUCUGCAACGGCGCGUACGAAGAGACGCUGUACCGGCACCCCGAGUGCGCGCUCGCGAUCCAGUACGAGCGCGCGAUCCGCGUUCACGGCGCGCUCAAGGACAUCCCCGGGGUGAAAGACUGCGGGAAAGGCGCCGCGAAGACGCUCGAGAAGUGCUACGACGCGGCCGUGGCCAAGGCGGACGCCGACUUCGAAAAGUACCUCCGGUUCUACGUUCGAAAAGAAGAACCCUCAGCCGAGGAGGACGGCGACGCCGCGCUCGAAGCGGACGCGGCGAAGCACGAGCACCGCGCGACGUCGCCUCCGCCGAAGCGCGGGAAGACGCCGAAGAAGAAAUCGACGGCGACGUCGGCGUCGGCGUCGGCGUCGGCGUCGACCGAGGCUCAGGCGCAGAGAGCCGCCGCCGCCGCCGUCGAGGCGAAGGAGGAGCGCUCGCUCGCGAAAGCCGCCGCGCGCGACGCGCGCGCGACGGCGAGAGACUCGAAGAGCGCGAUCGCCGGCGGCGGCGGCGUCGCCGCGAGCGCGAGCGCGUCGAGCGCGGCGACGCGUCCGAACAAGCGGAAGCGGAAAGCGUUCGAGGACGCGGCGAAGAAGAUGGACGAGAUGAAGAGGGAGUCGCCCGCGGCGUGA